AUGACCCCGGCUCUGAGGGAGGCAGCAACAAAGGGUAUCUGCUUUUCAUCUUUACCGAGUACCAUGGAAUCAGACAAGAUGCUGUGCAUGGAAAGUCCAAGAACUGUAGAUGAAAAGCUAAAAGGAGACACUUUCUCUCAGAUGCUGGGAUUUCCAACUCCUGAACCUACUCUUAACACUAAUUUUGUGAAUUUAAAACAUUUUGGCUCCCCUCAGUCUUCAAAACAUUACCAGACAGUUCUUUUAAUGAGUUCUAACACUACGUUAAAUAAAUACAAUGAGAAUUAUAAACAAAAGAAAUUAGGGGAACCCAGCUGCAAUAAGCUGAAAAACAUACUGUGUAAUGGCGGCAAUAUUCAGCUCAGUAAAAUUUGUCAUUCUCAUUCUGAAGAGUUCAUCAAAAAGGAACGUCUGUCAGAUACCACAAGCCCAUGCGUGGCAGAUGUACAAAUUAUUUUGGAUUCAAAUGUAACCAAAGACACUAAUGUAGAUAAAGUACAACUGAAAAACUGUAAAUGGUACCAAAAGAAUGCACUUUUGGAUAAAGUUAGUGGUGGUGAGAUUAAAAAGGGUUUAUUGCACCGUGCUCAAAACAAAAUUGGACCUGACCACUCGUAUGUGCCUAUUAGCUCCUCAGCUGCUGAAAAGGAGGAGGAAGUGAAUGCUCGUUUACUUCAGUGUGUAAGUAAACAGAAAAUUUUACUUAGCCAGGCUAGAAGAACUCAGAAACAUUUGCAGAUGCUCCUGGCAAAGCAUGUUGUUAAGCACUAUGGUCAACAAAUGAAAUUUUCUAUGAAACAUCAGUUCCCCAAAGUAAAGAUUUUUCAUGAACCUACCACAAUUUUGGAUAACAGUUUACCUAAAUGCACUGAAAUUAAGCCAGACAUCAACAUAUUGACUGCAGAGACUAAAUUGUGGAAUGACACAAAAAAUGGCUUUGCACGGUGUACAGCUGCAGAAAUCCAAAGAUUUGCACUGUCUGCCACAGGGCUGUUGUCUCAUGUUGAAGAGGGUCUGGAUUCUGAUGCAACUGAUAGCAGCUCUGAUGACGAUUUGGAUGAAUAUACCGUUAGAAAAAAUGUAUCAGUUAACUGUAGUACUGAAUGGAAGUGGCUUGUAGACAGAGCAAGAGUUGGCAGCCGAUGGACAUGGCUUCAAGCCCAGAUUUCAGAGCUAGAAUACAAAAUCCAACAACUAACAGAUGUUCACAGGCAGAUUCGUGCCUCCAAGGGGAUAGUGAUCCUAGAAGAAUGUCGACUUCCAAAAGACAUACUGAAAAAGCAAGUACAAUUUGCAGACCAACCAGCUUCCUUAAACACUUCUGGGACUCCCCAGAUUCCUCAAGAGAGUCAAGAUCCUUUACCAGAACAAGAUUUUGAAAUGUCACCAAGUAGCCCUACACUACUUCUUCGCAAUAUAGAAAAACAGAGUGCACAGUUGACUGAAAUCAUCAACAGUUUGAUUUCCCCUCUCAACUUGUCCCCUACAUCAUCACCCCUCUCUUCUAAAUCGUGUAGCCAUAAAUGUCUGGCUAAUGGCAUUUCCAGGAGUGCUUCAGAGAAUUUAGAUGAGCUCUCUUCCUCCAGUAGCUGGUUACUUAACCAGAAGCACAGUAAGAAAAGGAGAAAAGACAGGACAAGAUUGAAAUCUCCAUCCUUGACUAUCAUGAGUACAGCAGCUCGAACAAGGCCACUUCAGAGUUUCCACAAACGAAAACUCUACAGAUUGAGCCCAACAUUUUAUUGGACUCCACAGACUUUGCCUUCAAAAGAAACAAGGUUUUUAAACACCACACAGAUGCCUUGCCUGCAGUCAGCUUCAAUUUGGAGUAGCUGUGAACACAAUUCAAAGUCUCAAAUGUUAACAGAACAUGUAUCAGAGUUAGAUUCUUCUUUCCAUUCUGUUCUAUCAUUGCCAUCAGAUGUGCCUCUUCAUUUUCACUUUGAAACACUGUUAAAAAAAACUGAAAUAAAAGGAGAUCUUACUGAAAAUAAAUUUUUAGGAGACUGUAUCAUAUCUCCAUCACCUGUACGUAAUACUUCUCUGAAUCAAUGGAGAAAUGGAUAUUCCUCUAUAUGCAAGCCUCACAUAAAAUCAGAAUCUUCUGUGCAGCUAUUACAGGGAAGAAAGAAAAGACACUUGAGUGAAACAGCAAUAGGAGAAAGAACUAGAUUUGAAGAAUUUGCUUUUCAGCGCACAGAACCAGGAUCCCAAAGCAGUUUUACUGCAGUUACUAAUGUCAAUGUUAUAUCAAGAACCCAGAAUUCAUCAUCACAAAAUACAGCACGACGAAGAUUGCGAAGUGAGAGCUCUUAUGAUAUAGAUAAUAUUGUGAUCCCCAUGUCGUUAGUGGCCCCAGCUAAAUUAGAGAAGCUCCAAUAUAAGGAAAUACUUACUCCAAGCUGGAGGAUGGUUGUUCUUCAGCCUUUGGAUGAAUAUGAUUUAGGUGAAGAAGAGAUAGAAAAUCUCUCUGACGAAGUCUUCUCCCUAAGACACAAAAAGUAUGAAGAGAAGGAGCAAGCCAGAUGGUCCCUAUGGGAACAAAGCAAGUGGCACAGAAGAAACAGCAGAGCUUACACUAAAAACGUUGAAGGACAAGACCUACUUUUGAAAGACUGCCCUUACGAUUUCAGUGGUGGGCAGCACUGCACAGUGGGGAGUCCUGCUGAGCCUCCUUCAGAGAGCCAGGCUCCCAGUGCACACGGCUCACCUUCACUGAGUCAGACUCAAGAGACCAAGUCUUUGUGGUGGGAGCGACGGGCUUUUCCACUGAAGGAUGAAGACACAGAAGCUUUAUUAUGCCAAGAUGAAAAAAAUGAUCAGGUUGAAAGAUCAAGCCCAGCUUGCCACAGUGAAGUCUUCUGCACCAGUGCACCAGAGAAUGGCCACCAUCCAAAAAGGCAGGCAGAUGGAAUGGAAGAGUACAGAACCCUUGGUCUAGGACUUACUCAUGUUAAAAAAAAUAGGUGACAGGGAACAAGUGAAGAAAACUGUGUAAAUGAAUGGGAAAACAGGAGAAAAAAGCAAGCCCUGUUGUCCUGCCCCUCCACAGUCUCAGUUCCAGAAUAAGGGCCUAUAGUGCACGUUAACCUUUUAUGCUGUUUAUGAAACAGGCAAGUUAGUUUCAUUUUCCUUCCUGAAACCAGAAGUAACUAGCUUUUCACUGACCAACAAGUGCUAGUCAUUUGUGUUUGAUGCAAAUCACAAGUACCAGAAAAUUAACUGCUGUAAUUUGCUGUCAAAUCACAUUACUGGGUAAAUAAUUUUUAAACCACUUAUACCCACACACACACACACCCCCCUGUGUAUCAA